AUGGCCGGUCAAGCUGCUAUCUUGGGUCUUCUGGCCCCUGCCAUCAUCCUUGCAGCCCCCUUGAACUCCAAGGACAAGAGAGAUGAAAAUGUCGACCUUGCUGCCAGAGACCCUCUGCUGGGCAUUGGAAUCACAACAGUCACAUUCCCCGGUGUUACAGUCACCGGAGGACUUGCUGCUUCUAAGCCUAUUGAGACGGCCGUCUCGUCCGUGCUCAGCCGUGCCUCGGGCAUAGUAUCCGCUGUCAUCUCGAAGGUCUCUUCUGGCGUGGUCGGCGAGGCUUCUACCAUCAGAUCAGGUGUUUCGCAGGCUACCUCCGUCAUUGGCGGUGACGUAUCCACGGUCAGAUCUCAACCUACCGGACUAGUCAGCAGCAUCGUCAACGGAAUCACUACCGAUCUUCCUCAGGUCACCGAGGUUCCCGCCGCAGUAAGCAGUAUCAUCGACGGAUCCAUCCCAACUCUUGCCUCAGAUCUUGGAGCCGCCGCCACCUCAAUCGUAGGCGACGCUGGUGACAUCGUCUCCUCUAUUGUGUCUCCCAUCGCCCCCAUCGUCACCGACAUCGUUCCUUCUGUCGUCUCCGAUGCCGCGUCGGCCGCCACCUCUAUUGUGGGCAACGCUGGUGAUGUGGCCUCUUCUAUCAUUUCUUCAGUUGAACCCCUCGUCACCGAUGUUGUGUCUGAUGGUGCAGCAGCCGCCACUUCUCUCGUGGGCGAUGUUGGCGCUGCGGCCUCUUCCAUCGUGUCUGCAGUUGACCCGCUCGUCACUGAUGUGAUUCCAUCGGUUGUUUCGGACAGUGCAUCCGCUGCCACCUCAAUUAUUGGCAACGCUGGUGAUCUCAUCUCGUCUGUUGUAUCAGCGGUCUCUCCAGUCGUCACCGAUGCAACCAGUGCGGCUAGUGAUGUUGCUGGAGAUGCCGGAGCUGCUAUUUCGAACAUUGGUGCUGGUUCGCUGGCAACUGGCGUGGGCAACACGGUUGAUGGUACUACCGGUGCCGUUGGAGGUCUUGUCGGAGGUCUUCUUGGUGCCAGCUCGGCAUCCAGCGCUACCCCUACUCCUACCACCUUGGUCACCAGAACCUCUUCUUCUACAUUAGUCAAGGCCACCAUUGGCAUCAACCUCAAGUAG